AUGGGGAUCUCUGUCAAGGUGACUGGAAUUACAGACAAGGCAGCACUUCAAGACAUUUACGAUUUCUUCUCGUUCUCCGGACCCAUUGAAAGCAUUAAUCUUGAGAAAGAUGCGGAGGGUGACGUACAGACUGCUCACGUGACAUUCUCCGAGCAGAAGUCAAUGGAGACUGCUCUUCUGCUGACGGGUGCCAUGAUCUUGGACAAGGUCGUAAUCGUGGAGCCAGCAACUGACUACGAACCUCCCAGCACGGCGAAGUUUUAUGAUACAACCAAUGGAGACGGGAAGGAGACUCCGAGCAGCCCAGCUACCAACAUUGCCACAGCAGCUCAAGAGAUGGUUCGCUCUCUCUUAUCUCGCGGAUACACCCUCGCUCAAGACGCCAUGCAGCGCGCUCGUGACCUGGAUGCCAGACUGGCUUUCUCUAGCUCUGCUGCUGCAGGCACUGCUGCCAUUCGUGAUGGCAUUGUCGCCCUGCCAUCCACAAUCUCUGAAGGAGCCAAAACCGUUGGCACUAACGUCUCAGAAGGAGCCAAGGUCGUGGGCUCUACAAUGGCAGAGGGUGCUAAGGCUGUUGGAUCAACAGUCUCAGAGGGAGCGAAAGCUGUUGGAUCAAGCGUUGCAGCCACUGCUGAUUCGAUCGACAAGAGGCUGUACAUCUCACAGAGUUUCAAAGCAGGGACAGGAGCCUUGGCCAAGUCCUUAAGUGUCGUUGAUGAAAGGCUGCACCUGUCUGAGACCACCAGAGGGGCGUUUGUGGCUGCCGAGACAAAGCUGAACGAGGCUGGAGAGAUACUGGUGCAGAAUAAACUCAUUGCUUCCAGCAAGGACUUCGUGAUGGGCGUCACUUCCAAGAUAUCAAAUAUAGUUGAAGGGGAGGCUAAGCCAGCUGCAGAUGCUGCUGCUUCCGCUGAGGUUAGCAAGGAUGGGGAUGAAGCAGCCAAGCCGACUGAGCCUGAAACUGAGGGAACAGCUGCCAAAGACACUGUUGACGAUGCUCCUGAAGCUGCUCCAGCUGCUUCGCCUGUUGAUGCUGCAGCAGAUAAGUCAUCAGAUGCGCCUGCACCAGCCAGUAAGUCGAAGGACGAAGACACCCCGGUUUUCUGA